GGGGGCCCGCGCUAUAUAUCACUCGGCAGCCUGGCUGCAGCGCAGAGCGGGCAGCGGGCGGGUGCUCGGACAGCUUCUUCUCCUGCUCCUCCGGUUCCUGCUCCAGCCCCCGCUCCUUCGCCGGGAGAGACUAACCACCCGCCCAGUCGUGCGCCAGCGCCGAGGCAGCCUCGCCGCAUCCCAUCCCGUUCCGCUGGGCACUCGGAGGGCGGCGCGCCUGAAGCCAAAGUUGCCCGGCAAGGGCGGGCAGGCACGCUCAGGCUGUAGCGACCCCACCGGCGGCGCGCGAGGCAACUUUGCAGAGGCGAGCAGCAGCCCCGGCAGCGGCAGCGGCAAUGACUCCCUGGCUCGGGCUCGUCGUGCUCCUGGGCAGCUGGAGUCUGGGGGACUGGGGCGCCGAGGCGUGCACAUGCUCGCCCAGCCACCCCCAGGACGCCUUCUGCAACUCUGACAUCGUGAUCCGGGCCAAGGUGGUGGGGAAGAAGCUGGUGAAGGAGGGACCCUUUGGCACGCUGGUCUAUACCAUCAAGCAGAUGAAGAUGUACCGAGGCUUCACCAAGAUGCCCCACGUGCAGUACAUCCACACAGAAGCUUCCGAAAGUCUCUGUGGCCUUAAGCUAGAGGUCAACAAGUACCAGUACCUGCUGACAGGCCGUGUCUAUGAUGGCAAGAUGUACACAGGACUGUGUAACUUUGUGGAGAGGUGGGACCAGCUCACCCUCUCCCAGCGCAAGGGGUUGAACUAUCGAUAUCAUCUGGGUUGUAACUGCAAGAUCAAAUCCUGCUACUACCUGCCUUGCUUUGUGACCUCCAAGAACGAAUGUCUCUGGACCGACAUGCUCUCCAAUUUCGGCUACCCUGGCUACCAGUCCAAACACUAUGCCUGCAUCCGGCAGAAGGGUGGCUACUGCAGCUGGUACCGAGGAUGGGCACCCCCGGACAAGAGCAUCAUCAAUGCCACAGACCCCUGAGCUCCAGACCCUGCCCCACCUCACUUUCCUCCCUUCCCACUGAGCUUCCCUUGGACACUAACUCUUCCCAGAUGAUGACAAUGAAAUUAGUGCCUGUUUUCUUGCAAAUUUAGCACUUCGAACACUUAAAGGAAAAUCUAUGCUGUCAUAUGGAGUUUAUUUGGAACCAUCCUCCCAGCCCAACCCUUCCUUUUCUUUUUGGUUUUGACAUCACCCGUUUCCACCUGGAAGUUUUUGGUGUCAUGCCAGAAAGAAUGAGGAAUGUGUAAUCCUCUUCUUCGUGAUGAUAUAAUCUAUAUUUUUUUAGGAAAACAAAAAUUGAAAAACUACCCGAUUUGGGCAUUGUGAUACCUACCGCUCUUUCUUCUUCCCCAUCUCAUCAUCUCCCAGACCCUCCUCCCUUUGCCUUUCUCUUCCCCCUCCCCCAGUACAUAAAGGACACAGACAAGGAAGCUGCUGAAAAGCCAACUGUUUGAAAUCAGUCAAGGGCAGCAAGCAGAUAGACUCAAGGUACGCAGAAGAUCUUAUACACCAAGGAGAUGCUACUGCAUGUUCCCACCAGACUAUGUCUGUCUGUGUCUGCACGUGAGAGUGAGGGAGGGAAGGAAGAAACUGCAAGAGGGUCUGGAUGAUGCAGCACACACACAAUUCCCCCAGCCCAGUGAUGCUUGGGUUGACCAGAUGUUUCUGAGUCUGGAGCAAGCAGCCAGGAUAGAAUAACAGAACUUUCUUAGUUGGUGAAGACUUAAACAUCUGCCUGAGGUCAGGAGGCAAUUUGCCUGCCUUGGACAAAAGCUCAAGUGAAAGACUGAGGUGAAUGUCUUUCCUCUCCCCGCUUCCCACAAGAUUUCCUCCUGGAAAACUCUUUAGUUGAUUUGGCCAGGAGCUUGCCUUUAUGUAAAUUGGAAAAAUACAAAUACCAUACACUAUCCACAGAUAUAGGACAAGUAGAUUUGGGUAGAGAAUACUAUUUUCAAAGUAGCAUUUAGCUCACCUAGGGGGAUGUGUUUGCAUACACAUUUGCAUAUACCCACGCGGGGACAUAAGCUAAUUUUUUUACAGGACACAGAAUUCUGUUCAAUGCCGUUAAAUAUGCCAAUAGUUUAAUCUCUUCUAUUUUGUUGUUAUUGCUUGUUUGAAGAAAAUCAUGACAUUCCAAGUUGACCUUUUUUUUUUUUUCACUUUAAUUAAAAUUUUAAAUUCUGAGCACCCUCAGCAUCCCCCUAAUUGGGGUCAUCUGACCUCUCUCCCUCUCCUUUUCUCCUGCUUCAUGUUUGGGGCCUUCAUUUAACUGCCUUACUGGCUUGGCUCAGAUGGGAGAUGAGCGUUCGUGUGGGCCAGGGGCCUGGGCACAGGAAGGAAAGCUGCAGGGUCCUGCCUUGGCUAGAUGGCCACCUUUCCUGGGUUUGGGGACAACUUGCUCCUCUUCCUCCAGCUGACCUGUGGGUGAAUGCCACCUCCUGAGGUCCUCAGCUCUUAGAAUUGAAAUUGGUGGUCACUGCGAAAGCCUGACUCUGCAAUCAGCUGUAGGGUUUUUGUUGUGUUUUUGAAAUAAAACUAUAAUAUAAAUUCUCUGAUUAAAUAAAAUUAUUUUAAGUUUUAGUGUUGAAAGUGAGAUGCCAAGUGUCGGUGAUAAUGUGUAUUUUAGAGAAUUGGGGAUGGUUACAUUUAACGUGAUUGCUCUCUGUUUUCAGAUUAUGGGUAUUUAUCCUGUAUUCAUAUUCGUAUCUUCAGUUCAUUCCACUUUAGGAAACAGAGCUGCCAAUUGAAACAGGAGAAAAAUAAAGAAGCAGACAACACUUUAUAAUGUCUCACACACAAACACAAAUGCCCAGGCAAGGUGUUUGGCAGAACCCCAGGGCGGGAAGGCAGUACAGGCAUCCGGUUUCCUUGGGAUCGAUUUCAUCACCUAGCACCUUUCACCUUGUGGUUAUGACAUCCGGCAUGCAGGAAACAAGGGGAAUUUGCUCUCUCAGUGGGGCGGCGUGAGGUCAGCAGGCCAGUGGUUUUUAAGGGGUGAGCCCCAGGCUUGGUGUUAAGAUUUUCUUUAUUUGAACCUCAAAGUCCUACAAGGUGGAACCCCUAACCCAACCUGCCCAAGUGCCCUCCCACAAGUGGACAUCAGUGUGACCUCCAUGAGGCAUCUGGCUAUUCUUGGUCCCUGGUGGGGUCACCUCCACUCACACAAGGAGGGUCACCUCCACUCACUCGAGGUGAAGCCUGAACAUGAGUCACUUGAAGUUUCCCUCUGAAAAGUUGGUGGAACCACAGUCCCAUCUGCCAGGCCCUGGCAAGGAAAACAGCAGGUCCUGAGCAAAGUGUGAUGUCAAAGGGCGGUUUUCGAGCUUUCUAUAAGCUAUAGCUUUGUUUAUUUCACCUGUUCACUUACUGUAUAAUUUAAAGUCAUUUAUGUAGCUGAGACACUUCUGUAUUUCAUUCAUAUCGUGAACGUUUUAUUUUGCUAAAUCUUAUGUCAUGUGUAGCGGUAAUAUGUGUGCAUUGUGUUUAAGAGAAAAAAACAAAAAACAAAACCCA